CUUCUUUUAGAUAGAGAGACACAAAGAGACAGGAAUCUUGGAAUGGUGCCCUCCGAGUGGGUUUCAGUAUGGUGGAUCCAUCUGAUUUAAGUUCAGCAUGGCUGCCACGGUUCUCCUGCCCAGAUCUAAUUAGCAAAAAGGGAUUUUGGGCCAGAGCACUUCCUGAGGAUCAGUGUGAAGAAGGAACCAUUCUGUCUUUCUGGUUGGAUAAUACAGGGCGAGUGUUUUACCGGGUUAAUUGCAGCCCUCCAAUCUUAAUCUUUAGUGGUGUACCAGCCAGAGAGCCGGUUUGGGCGAUCAUUGACAUUUACGGGCUGACACAUGGAGUACAGCUACUUGACAGUACGAUGGUGCCAGCUAAAUAUCUCUGUCCUGCUGUGACUCAUGAAGGCCUGGAUGAGUGGCAUCUGUCAAGCAGCUGCUCUGAGCUUGACCUCCAGGAAGAUCCGCCAUCCUUCUCAAAUUCUCCAAAUGCUCUAAACUCAGUGCUGUCACAUCAGCUCAAUGAUGACUUGCAUUUCCACUGUGUCCAUGGCAAUGGUCUGCAUUUGCUGACUGAACACAUAGUGGUGCAUAGGUAUAACAAACGUGAGGAUUGUACUCUGGCGUUCACUCAUCGGCCAUUGUGCUGUGGAGAGUGUGUGUUCCUAAAGGUCUCUUUGAGGUCUUCUGCUCUGAAUGGAUUUUUGUCUUAUGGAUUCACUUCCUGUAACCCAGCCCAUAUUAACCCAAAGCACCUGCCAGUCAAUCGAGAUGACCUGAUAGACCGCACAGAAUUCUGGGCUUUUAGCUGCCUGACUUCACCACUUGUGGGCGGGGAUGUCAUCGGGUUCCGGGCAACUGCAGAAGGGGAAGUGCUUGUGAGUCAGAAUGGAGGCAGGGCCUGCAGAGGGAUAUGUGUGGAUAACUCCACUCCUCUGUGGAUGAUCUUUCAUUUACAGCCACACAUCAAGCAAAUCAGCAUACUGGGCACUUCCAGUGGUUACUCUCCACCCCGUUCAGAAGUACAGAGGCGCAUCUUUAGUGAUGCCAGUCACCUCUCAGCCAAUCAGAUUACCAGAACAGCAGUCAGGGGCUUUACAGACAGCUUUCAGUCCCUCCCACAGUGCCUCAGUUCUGCAGGGACAUUCAGUUCACUGUCCUCAGAAUCUCCCAGUACCCCAUCAGGCUGUGUGAUUACUGGUGAGGAGUGUUUGAUAUGCUGCGAGAGGGCAGUGGACUCAGUGCUGUAUGCAUGUGGUCACAUGUGCAUGUGCUCCGUCUGUGGUGGGAAGUUAAUGGAGAUGUCAAGCCCAUCUUGCCCCAUGUGUCGCAGCCCAAUCAGAGACAUCAUCAAAAUAUUCGGCAGCAUGUAACCUGGAAACCACCUUUCUGA